UGCCUGCCGCCGGGUUUCCUAGGCGGUCGCGGGGGUAUUGGUCUACCUCUGCCUUCCUCGGCUACUCGGUCCGCCGGUGCGUGGUGCACGGGCCUUUUCAGAGGCAGGUCCUCAUGAGCUCGGGCCAUGGCGCGACUGGGUUCUGUGCGCUCCCACUAUUGCGCGCUGCUGCUGGCCGCGGCGCUUGCUGUCUGUGCCUUCUACUACCUGGGCUCGGGCCGGGAGACCUUCUCCAGCGCCACCAAGAGGCUGAAGGAGGCCCGCGCCGGGGCCCCCGCCGCGCCCUCGCCGCCCGUGCCGGAGUUGGCGCGGGUCUCCGCGGCGCCUGUCCCGGGCGCCAAGGCCAAGAGCCUGGAGGGCGGCGGGGCCGGGCCGGCGGACUACCACCUGCUGAUGAUGUUCACCAAAGCGGAACACAACGCCGCGUUGCAGGCCAAGGCCCGCACAGCGCUGCGCUCGCUGCUGCUCCUCGCCAAGUUCGAGGCGCACGAGGUGCUUAACCUACACUUCGUGAGCGAGGCGGCCAGCCGCGAGGUGGCCAAGGCCCUGCUGCGGGAGUUGUUGCCGCCCGCCGCCGGCUUCAAGUGCAAGGUCAUCUUCCACGAUGUUGCUGUGCUGACGGAGAAGCUCUUCCCUAUUGUGGAGGCCAUGCAGAAGCACUUCAGCGCUGGCUCGGGGACCUACUAUAGUGACUCCAUCUUCUUCCUCUCGGUGGCCAUGCAUCAGAUCCUGCCCAAAGAUAUCCUGCAGAUAAUUCAGCUGGACCUAGACCUAAAGUUCAAGACAAACAUCCGGGAGUUGUUUGAGGAGUUUGACAAUUUCCUGCCAAGCGCCGUCAUUGGCAUAGCCAGAGAGAUGCAGCCUGUGUACAGGCACACAUUCUGGCAGUUCCGCCAUGAGAACCCCAAGACCCGGGUUGGGAGUCCUCCCCCCGAGGGGCUCCCUGGCUUCAACAGUGGGGUUAUGCUGCUGAACCUGGAGGCCAUGCGCCAUUCCCCGCUCUACAGCCGCCUGCUGGAGCCGGCACAGGUACAGCACCUGGCUGACAAAUACCACUUCCGCGGCCACCUCGGGGACCAGGACUUCUUCACCAUGAUCGGCAUGGAGCACCCCGAGCUCUUCCACUUGCUGGACUGCACCUGGAACCGACAGCUUUGCACCUGGUGGAGGGACCAUGGCUACAGCGAUGUGUUCGAGGCCUACUUCCAGUGUGAGGGCCACGUCAAGAUCUACCAUGGGAACUGCAACACCCCCAUCCCAGAGGACUAGUCAUAUCCUCGAAUGCCACGCCCUAGGGGCCGCUGGAUUUGGGGCAGAACAGGUGCCCCUGGGACAGCCCCCACAGCCCCAGGGCAGUAUCUGAACCCAGUGGCGACUCCUACAGAGACACUGCAGUGAUAUACCUGGUGACUGUUUGCUGCAGACAUCCCACCCCAUGGGUCACUGUCCUAAGGCCAUCGCGUGAGCUGGUCUGCACUGCUGGUCUUCGGGACGUUUUCCUCCCAGAGGCCAGGCAUCGUGAAGGGCAGAGUUAUUGGCCCUCAUAGACGUCUCCCAGUGAGCUAGAAGGCUUCAUGUUGGAAGAGAAAGAUGGAAAGAAAAUGGUGCCCCCUGCCUUCAGUCCCCAAGGUAUGGAAACCCUUUGAAGAGCCAGCUUUUCUUGGACCAAAUAUUAAUUUAAAUGGAUAGGUUUCCACGUUGCGAGAAAGAACAAACAGUACCACUGUGUCUCUUGGUGAGCUCUGAGGAAGUGAGACAGUUUUUUAACGACCAGCCUCGAGCUCAAACUGCCAGAUGAAUGCUGUCCUUCCACAUCCUCACCCUUGGAGGCCGUGCACCUGUUCUAGCCCUGAAGCUCACAUUGUGUGGUGUGGGUUUAGAGGUCACCACCUAUCUGGGGAGGGUCUUCAGGGCCAGCCUGUGGUCCACAUAAGAAAAUUGGUUUCAUUAUUUUAGAAUUCACAGCUUUUCUUUUAUUUCCCAACUGCGACACAGAGCCCCAUUGUCCCUUCAUCCAAGCCAGGUCCAGGUGAUCAGACUGCCCAGAAAUCGAAAUCACCAUCACAGGACGGAAACCGGUCACCCCAAGGACCUGCAGUCCAAUUAUCUGGCCUGGAGAGGCUCAUUCCAAAGAAGGGCCUGCAGUCCACAAGUAUAGCCGGGUGGCCUUGGAAGAGGGCAUCACUCAAAGGCUUAGAAGCAUUCUAGUCCCUCUGUUUAAAAAAUCACCCUUGUUACUUUCUCAUUGUACCCCAUCAGACCUUAUACUUUAAUAGAAAGUAGUGUCAUUUCUUUAUUUCAUCUUUUAGUGGGUUCUCCCAUAGGUAGGCUGCAAACCUGAAACCCUCAGUGGGCCAUUUUGUGUACUCCAGGUGAAGUCCUUGGGGCAGAAUUGUUGUUGGAUUUCCAUUUUAUUUUGUCUCAAUUUCAUUUGCUUUUUUAUUUCUUUUCCCAUGAGUGAGAACAGCUAAUAAAUAUCCUUUGAGAACA